CCUGGCAGAGGCGUCACCCACGUGAUGCGCGGGGACGGCGGCUCCGCAAGGCCAAAAGGCCUCGGUGCGCGAAGGCGUCCGCCCAGCUUUAUUGGGAGUGACCCAAAUGAGGGUGGCGGAGCUAAACCCAGUUGGCGGUCGGUCACGAGUGGGGUUCGCCAGGGCUCAGUGUUUGGGCCAGUCUUGUUUAACAUCUUUAUCUGGAUGAGGCAAUCGAGUGCACCCUCAGCGCCUCAGGAUUUGCACGGCGAAAUGAGAUUCAGGCGGUUGUUUAAUGGUGGUGCCCCUGCACACCCACCCCGGCCAGAGAAUCCUCUCAGAGCUGGACCACGGGGGGGGAUGUGGGGACACAGGGACAUGGGGACGUGGGCUGGAACGCAAUAUCUGCAGCAAGAAGAACCAUGCUGGACUGGUGCAUAUGGUGCUGGGAGAGUCAAGACUCCCACCCCAUUCCCACGGUGCAGAGAGCUGUUAAAAGUGAUGCUCAGCCCAGCUUUUCUGCAAGGAGCCCCCCCAGAAAUAAGCCCCGCUGCCAGCGGAGAGUAGGAGGUAAUUUAUGUUGGGUGCAUCGCAAUGCUCGGCGACGCUAAUAAGGUGUCGGCUGAAGCCGUUCCUGGCUGCGCCUGGCGAUAGAUCUUGGCUUGUCAGGUCAGAAAAUUAAAAUGUUAUUGAUGGGAGAAGUGAAGUGCAGCAGGAUUUUUUAUUUUUUAUUUUAUUUUUCUUUCCCCUUGGUCGAGCUGGCAGCUCUCUCAGACAGCACCGAGCACCCCAAUCCCGACUGCCCAGGGGCUCCCCACCGCAUCCCACCCUGCUGGGAUGGCUUGGACUUGUCUUGUCUUUUUUGGAGGGUUUUUUCCUCCACCUCCAGGAAGCAAGAGAGGACGAAAAAUACAAAUAUGCCCUAUGGAGGCUGUGGGCUCCAUCCUCUCCAUCCUGUCAGCACCUUCUCGAGGAAAGAACCGCUCCUGAGCUGUUCCUGGCUGCAGGAUUUCUGGAAGGGAGGCUUUUUAGGAGAGUUGGGAUUAAUUAAUUCAAGCCCAGGUGGAGGAGACUUUAGCGAAGCAGCAGAACAGCUGCCACAUCAAAAGAAGUGCUGGUCUCCGGGCAGGGAAAUGCCGGGGCUAUUUUUAACUAGUUAAAUAGGCGAUUUAACACUGGACUCUACAAAAGAAAUUCAACAGAAAAGCCUGAUUAAACUGCGUGGCUCUGAUCAAAACAGUAUUUCAAAUCCUGGCCCAUCACCUCAGGCCAUGUUUCCCCCAUGGGGCUGAGCCCCCCCGGCUGCUUCUGGUCCCUCAUUUAUCCCCAUGGACCAGGUCUGGCAGGGAUCAGCCCCGAAAUCAGGCUCAGGGAUAUUUAUUCCUCAGUGGGAAAAGCCAGAAGGGACUAAACUUAUAAUGCUGGUGAGGGGCCCUGAUACUAUGGGGAUGGUACCUAGCAAUCCAGGGCUGGAAAAAUCCAUCUUGCUGGGUUAGAAUCGCAAACCCAUCUUUAUUUUGGGGGGGGAAAUGGAGUUUUAUAUCCUGCCCUUGUGCAAAGGCUUUUAGCCACGGUCGCUGCGGGCACUGGGUGCUUGGUCCCGGGGGCCCUCGGCUGAAUCCAGGCUGGACUGUGGGAGCCCAGGAAUAUGUAUUGGCCAUGGAAGGGUAUUUAAAUUUUUUAUGAUUUUUUGUAUUUUUUUAUUGCUGGACUCCCGGAGGGGCUGCAUGGGGUGAGGCGUCAGGUGACGAACGGCCCCAGCUCCCUGGGGACAUCGCAUCGCAGCGGCUGCAGAGGCUUCUUGCUCCUCUCCCACCCGAUGGAUGCGACUGUGGGGGCUGAGAUUCAGGUCUCAUCUGCUUAUUCUGAGAUCAUCAGGGGGCUGAAAAAAAAAAAACCCAUGGUGGCGGAGCUGGAAGGGGUUAUAUAGGGCCGGAGGCGCGGGGCUGCCGCAGACCUCGGCGGCGCAGGGGAGACGCCUCCUGCCCCCGCACCAUGGGCCGACUCCUGCAAACCCUCUGCUUGCUCCUGCUCGUCUCCUCCUGCCCCUGCGCCAUCAUCACCGGGGCCUGCGAGCGGGACCUGCAGUGCGGCAGCGGGACCUGCUGCGCCGUCAGCCUCUGGCUGCGGGGGCUGCGGAUGUGCACCCCCCUGGGGCAGGAGGGCGACGAGUGCCACCCCUUCAGUCACAAGGUCCCUUUCGUCGGGAAGCGGCAGCACCACACCUGCCCGUGUUUGCCCAACUUCAUAUGCUCCAGGUUCCUCGACGGCCGCUACCGCUGCUCCAUCAACUUCAAGAACAUUGAUUUUUAGGGUGAUGCUCCCAGCUGUCCAUCCGUGAACCCCCAGCACCCAUUUCUUGCCCUCUCCCAUGGCCGCUGGGUGCCCACAUAGCACCAGGCUACCUUAAAAGUGCUUUUCCACAGUAGACAGUGUUGUUAUAAGCUAUAUGUUGUAUGGGGAGCGGAGGCACGGUCAGGCCAGGCUGCUCCAACAUGUGGCUUAGCAAAGCUCUGCCCUAGCCCGGAGCAGGACCCGGCUCCAGCAUCCUCUGCAGAGUGCAUCGAAGGACAGUGUGUGUGGCAAAUGUGUGGCCUCAAAAAUCCCUUUCACAAGCUGUUGUCUGCGUGGAAUGGGUGCUGUCAGCUGGCUUUCACCCCCCUCCUUUAUUUUAUACAGUAAAAAAUCGAAGGUGAUGCAGUUCGGGAGAGUGAAAGUAGAGGCCGAGCGCCCAGCGGCCGAGAGAUUCCUCCUGUGGUUUUUAUCCUGGCACAUGGUAAAAUUUGGGAGGCGACGCUGAGCAGCAUCAUUUCAUCUGCCCAAGCGCCUGCAGGGCUGAGCCCAGCGGCGAAGGUGGUGGUGAAGAGCCGGCUUUAAUUAUUUUUACACUUUUCAGUCGCGCGCUAGGAAAGACAAAAGCCAGAGGGGCAGAAGCUUCCUUUUGGGGGAGUUGCAGCAGUUUCCCUGCAAUGCCGAUAAACAAUUUCUGUCAUGGUGAUUCCCAUCGUUGUCUUGCCCAAUAGUGUUUUAUCAGCAUAUAUAUUCUUCAAGCAGGUGAUGGAUGAUGUCAUCUAGCCUGCAAUUAAAAGAACUCACUAUCAAGUAGCUGUGGGGAAUUAAGGAAUGGGUUUCCCCAAAGUUCAAGCAAUGCAAUGUGUUUGGCAGAGGCUGAAGCAGGACUGGCUGGAGCCGUGUUGUGCCAGAUGUGGGUCUUUGGGACGUAGGAAAAUGUUUUCCAGCCCCAGCAUCUGCCUUAGGUUCAGGCACUGUAUGAGGUUUGGGAGCCUCUCUUUAUGGCGGUCGAAUUUGAGAGGAAAACGGGACAUCAAAGUUCAUUAAAUGUGCUAAAAGUUCUCUCAGACACGUGCUUUUCAGAUCCGCUCUUAAAAACAUACUGUGGAAAAAUCAUGUACCGCUUGAGCUUCUUUCCUGCUUCCUAAAGCAAUUAAAUAAUAAAUAAAUCAUAACUGAUAAGAAAUAAAAAGGAAUAAUCAGCAAUUACAGCAGAAGAGCCCCCUUGGUUUCCUUUCAAGCAGAAGCGGUGCUUACAGGCAAAGCUGCUUGCGGGGGUUUGCGCGUGUGCUCAGAGCUGCUCCUGGAAGCUCCCGGGGAUGGGUGCGGGGGCAGCAGCGCCCUG